CUGGGCGGAGUGUGACGCCGUGGAGCAGCCGGCAGGGCGCGCGCCACGGAGAAAGAGGGAGAAAAAGACGCUCCGGCGCUGACAGGCGAGUUCCAAAGGCGGCGGCGACAAGAAGUUCUGGUGCCUCCUCUUGACUCGAGCGCGUUGCGAGCCUCUCCGAGGAGUCUCCUUCUGCCAGUUGCACAAAUAUAAAAACAAGAAGCUGCAAGGUAUCUUGCAGGUCAUCUGGUGAUGGAUUGAAACAUGUUUACAAAGUAACCCACAUGAUCCUGGAGAAGGACCUACAGGAAUACCCAGGCUUCAAAUAAAAGAAACCCCAGAGGUACAAGCUGAUCAGUUAAGAAAAUGUGAAAUUGGGAGAGGGCAAAUAUUGAGCCCUGCCAAGGAUGGUAUUUGAGGGAAGAACAGUAAGGAUUCUUGUGAAAGGUUGUCUGUAACAAAGGAUUCCUUUCAGACAAGCUCUUAAUGAUGGCUAUGAACAUCCUUUUUCUCUGUAUGUCUCUAGUAGAUGGAUGCUGACAUGGACUACGAAAGACCUAACGUCGAAACCAUCAAGUGUGUGGUUGUUGGUGAUAAUGCAGUGGGGAAGACUCGCUUAAUCUGUGCAAGAGCAUGUAACACCACCCUGACCCAAUAUCAGCUGCUAGCAACUCAUGUACCUACAGUCUGGGCAAUUGAUCAGUAUCGGGUCUGCCAAGAGGUUCUUGAACGCUCUCGGGAUGUCGUUGAUGAAGUGAGUGUUUCUCUCAGGCUCUGGGACACAUUUGGAGAUCACCACAAAGAUAGACGCUUUGCUUAUGGAAGGUCCGAUGUUGUUGUCCUGUGUUUUUCCAUUGCUAAUCCUAACUCCCUGAAUCAUGUGAAAACCAUGUGGUAUCAAGAAAUCAAGCACUUCUGUCCUCGCACACCUGUUAUUCUGGUUGGGUGCCAAUUGGAUCUUCGAUAUGCUGAUCUAGAAGCUGUAAACCGAGCCAGAAGGCCAUUAGCAAGGCCUAUUAAAAGGGGAGACAUCUUGCCACCUGAAAGAGGCAGAGAGGUUGCCAAAGAGCUUGGGAUACCAUAUUAUGAAACUAGUGUGUUUGACCAGUUUGGCGUCAAGGAUGUGUUUGACAAUGCAAUUAGAGCUGCCCUGAUCUCUAGGAGACACCUACAGUUCUGGAAAUCACAUUUGAAGAAAGUCCAGAAACCUUUACUUCAAGCACCAUUUCUACCUCCGAAAGCACCUCCUCCAGUUAUCAAAAUCCCAGAGUGUCCCAUCACCAAUAUCAAUGAAGCUGGAUACUUACUGGACAAUCCAUUGUGUGCAGAUGUCAUGUUUAUCCUUCAGGAAUAUACUCACAUUUUUGCUCACAAGAUCUACCUAGCUACCUCUUCUUCAAAGUUUUAUGAUCUUUUUUUAAUGGAAUGUGAAGGAACCCCAGACUUACCUGAAACUCAUUGUAAUAAAAAAAAGGCCAGUAGAAACUUUAUGGCCCGAACGUGCAGCCUUGAAACAGAUGAAAAUUGUGAGGUGGCAACCUUAAAAUCUUCCAGUGCCAAACUCAUGUCAUCAACAGAUAGUGGUAACCCUUUAAUAAGUUUAGAGCUUGAAGCAGGGGAAGUCAAUUGCCUGAAGCAAGUGUCUGCAUUUUGGGGCAAAGGUUUUGUUAGCAUGCAUAGAGAAAUGCAAGUCAACCCUGUUUCAAAGAGGACUUGUGCUGUAACAGUAGUCAAGAUAGAUGCUUCCAUUCAGCCCGGGCCUUUUAAAACUGUUUUGCAGUUUUUGUACACAGGGCAGCUGGAUGAAAAUGAAAAAGAUCUCACCAGGGUAGCUCAGAUUGCUGAGAUACUAGAAGUAUUUGACUUGCGGAUGAUGGUAGAAAACAUCACAAAUAAGGAAGCCUUCAUGAACCAGGAAAUUACAAAGGCUUUCCAUGUCAGAAAAGCUAAUAGGAUAAAAGAAUGCCUAUCUAAAGGAACAUUUUCUGAUGUGACAUUUAAGUUGGAAGAUGGAAACAUAAAUGCUCAUAAACCACGGCUGAUCUGUAGCUGUGAAUGGAUGUCUGCAAUGUUUGGAGGAUCAUUUGUUGAAAGUUCAAAUAGUGAGGUUGUUCUUCCCAACAUAAACAAGACUUCCAUGCAAGCAGUUCUGGAUUAUCUGUACACCAAGCAACUAUCAUCCAAUCAGGAGUUGGAUACACUUGAAUUAAUUGCACUAGCAAAUAGAUUUUGCCUCCCACACUUGGUUGCGCUUGCAGAGCAACAUGCUGUACAGGAGCUCACCAAAACAUCAGUGAGUGGUGUUAGUAUAGAUGGAGAAGUGCUGUACUAUUUGGAAAUAGCCCAGUUCCACAAUGCUAACCAGCUGGCAGCGUGGUGCUUACACUAUAUCUGUACCAACUACAACAGUGUUUGUUCCAAAUUCCGAAAGGAAAUCAAAACUAAAUCUCCUGAUAAUCAGGAAUAUUUUGAGAGGCACCGCUGGCCUCCUGUGUGGUACCUUAAGGAAGAAGAUCAUUUUCAGCGUGUUAAAAAGGAAAGGGAAAAGGAAGACAUUGCACUGAAUAAACAUCAUUCAAAACGGAAGUGGUGCUUCUGGAAUUCCUCCACAGUAGUUGUCUAAGAAAAGAAGAGGCAAGCCUAUCAAGAGUGUGGCUUGGAAAACACUGCAUUAAAAGAAGUCUUAGCAUUAGUGAGAGCACCACGGUCCACCAGGAACUGUUCGUGUGUGAGGUGCCAUUGAAGUUAAAUGGGAGUUGCACAACUCUGCUCCUUAUGUAGCUCCCAUUCAUUCCCAUGGUGCUUCCACAGGGGAAGUUCCUAGUGGACUGUGCAGAGGAGGGUUUGAGGCACUCGUUUUUAUUCCACCUGUGUGCAUUCAUCAUCUCGAGGAUCAACAAGCACAAGCUCACCUCAAGUGAGUGUGAAACUGCUCCUUAAAAUUUCAAUGUUUGUAUUUUUUGGUUAAUAAGCUAAAAUACUGUAUAAACCAGUAUUGACUUUCCUUUUUUAUACAAAACAACAACAAAUCCCAGCAUUACUGUUUCAAUCUCCAAAGUGGAAAGUAUUUUUAUACUUUGUUGUGUGUGUAUGUGAAGGUCUUUAUUUCUGCAUCUUUGUUUUUCACAGACCACAAAAUAAUUGUGUAAAUCUUUAAUUUAGAUUAUCUGUGUUUCUUUUCUUUUUUUAAAUCCCUCUGCAAGUACAGUGAAAUAUGGUUAACAUCACUAAUGAAAUUUCCUGGUUGAAAUUGCCAUCCUAGCAACAAACCGACUUUUGCUAGGCAACUGACUCCCCCCACCUCUUCCCAAGUACUAUGUAUUCAUAACAAUUAGAUCCUUAAUUCUUCUUACUGAGGUAAUGGGAUGUAACAAGAUCCAGUAGCAAAGUUAUACAGAAUUUAAAUCUAUGAUCAGCUGAAGAAUAUGAAAUACAAUUUACCUUGUCAGCUGCAUGCUGGAAUAUGUAUUCCAAUAUUUGCCAUGUAAGGGCAGAAUGCAACAGCUAUGUGAAAUUUGUAACUCCUUUUUAUGUAUUCCAUGACUUUCGAUGUCUUGUUUUCAGGAAGACCAUUUUAAAAUAACCAGAAGACCUCAUUAAGCUUAUAUCUUUAUUCACUGCAGAUUUCUUAAAGACCUACAUCUAAUGGCAGCAGGCUCUUAGUUAAUUUCUUGCUUUACCUCUUUAGGGUUGCCCAUGCCUUUUUUGUUUUAAGAAAUUUCUGCAUAUUUAAAACUGUUUGCUUCAGUGUAAAUAUCUGCAUGUUAAGGUCUGUGGAGAUAAGAUCCCUUCUGUUUUACUAACACCGAGCUACCACCCACCUAUAUUGUAACAACACUACUGUGACCCAUAUAAUAUUUUGGCACUGAAAGAGGCAUGAUGGCAGCAUGGGUAAGCUGCUUGCCUCUGCAGGAUGUUCCAUGUGUGCCUUGCCAUGCAUAAGUGAUCCAUUUGUGUGUAAAGUUAGCAUGGCAGUGGUCUGUGGUGGGUACACCACCAUGCCAACUGUGAUGUAUAUGACAUCAAGUUGGAGCAUCUGAGCGAAAAAUGGGUUUGUUGGUACUACCAGUCCAGCUUCUAUGGAUAGGCGCUUUACCCAUUGCUUCUAUUAUGUCGGUUUGGCUCUUAGAGCUUCCUCAAUAAGGUCUAUGAGUAUUUGUUGCCUUUUAAAUAUGCUGGAAAAGAUAUCCCAGGAGAAGCCGAAAUUGUUUGUGGAUUCCUGUUUUGUUUGAACAGUGCAAGCACAGCCCCAUACCAAACUUCCAGUACUUUGAGGUUUCCUGCAUUAAGUAACUUCUCUUAAUAUUUUAGCAGUAAAGUAGAUAAUUCCUGGCUGAGAGAGCCAGCAUGGUAUAAUGGGUAGCAUGCUGGACUUAGGCUCUGGAGGCUUGGGGUCAAAUCCUUCUUCAGCCAUGAAGCUCACUUUUGUGACCUUGCACCCGUCUUUCUCUCUGCCUAACCUGCUCACAUGGUUGCUGUGAGCAUAAAAUGCAACAUGCAUCCCGUCUCUGUACUCUGGGCUCCUUGGAGGAAGGGUGGCAUACAAAUAUAAUAAGAGAACUUUUAAAGAGGAUCAUUCACCAGAUCCUCAUAAUAUUUGUUCAUAGCCAGCAACCUAUUCCCCACUCCCUUUGUUUAGGCACCAAAUGGAGGACUCCUUAAAUUAUUUUGUUUGUUUCAUUUGCACCAUUUUGGUUUGCAGCCUGUCUCGUCCACAGUCAAGAUGACACUUGUUAAUGUGAUAGCAUUCAAGUUUUUGUGAAGUGGUCUAGAUGUUACUUUAUCCAUGCCCCAGCAGCUCCCAUCAAAGUAGCACAGCAUCAUGUUGGGAGUUUCCUGACCCCUGCAGUGGCCACUAAUUAAUAUCAAGAAUGGGAAGGUAAAUACUCACUCAUGAGGUGAGUAUUACAGUAUGGAGGGGAGUGGAUAAUCACCCAGAGAAAGUGGCAGGCAGAGGGGAGCUUAUUGAGAUGCCCUGAAUUUUGCAACAGAAAAUAUAUGCAGUUAGAGCUGUGAAUAUUGUGCUUAGGCCAGGGGGUGCAAGAUUCAGGAAGAAGAGAGUUGCCCAUCCAUGUAUAUACAGUUCUCCAGUCAGGUGUCUCAACCAUAUUGUGCUGGUUUUAUUUGUUCUCCUGCAGGCACCUCAGCGUACCUGUUAGAAGAACUGUCCCCUUUUCUGUUCUUACAAACACAACAGUGAAUUCAAGCCUGGCUGCUGAAGUGAGGAAAGGGGGCACAGAGAAAGCCACCCAACUUUCCAAAAUAAUUCCGGUUCUGGGUGACCGAUGUCACUCCAGUGAAGGCAGAAUCUCUGUUAAGGACAGUUGGGAGAGAGAUUCUGCCACUGAAAAGGUGUCUGUGUAGUAAUUAAUUGACCUGUUCCAUCUCUUAAGAGAAAUGUCAUUGCACUGUGAUAAAGGGCUGUGAAGAGAAGAAUGGUUGCAAGCACGUUUGUAUAGAUUAAAUUCAUGGUCAACAGUUGUGUGUCUGUCCUGAAAAGACAGAAUAAGGAAAACCACUGUUGUGGGGGCUCAAACUUCAUGUGGGGGGAGCAGACUCGAUAAGCUUCGGUCUAUGGGGGCAUGAUUUUUAAAGUACAUCUGGGGUAAUGGCAAACCUUUCCUCUGCCUGCAGCGUCUAUCCUGAUGUCACAUUUCCUGCAGUUAGGAUCCAGUAGAGGAAGUGAGAAGAACAAAAGGCCCUAUGGGGAGAGGCAUGCAGCAGACAUGGGGGGAGUGUUCAGCUCCCCUCACCUGUGCACCCAUUUAUAGUUGUUAAAUGCAAGGUUGGGUGCAGAGCAUGAUUUAAACAAUUGGACCUCUUCCAUUCCAUGUAGAUUGAGCCACAGUUGAAAAAUACUAGCAGAUUAUGUGUUUUAAGUAUUAUUAUUAGGUUUUACUAAAACCAAAGUUUCUCUAUGAUUGUAAUCUUGCCAAACUGACAUGGACAUGCAUAAAUAAACCAGGGAUAUAUGCAAUAAUAACCAGCUGUGUUAGUUAUCAGCUACUAUAACCAAGUGGCUGGAUCAUUUGGUUUAAUUCCGCCUAUGGCCUUUAAUCUUGGUAGGGUUUUUUUGGGAGAAAAAACCUCAAUAAAAUUGUUUAGCUCUAAACGUUUCCUAAUUAUUGACUUUCGUUUCUGAUCAUUGCAUUGAGUCUUUUCCUGUUCAAAUAAGCCAUUGAUGCUUUCUAUGGAAUAUGUAGCCACAAAAUAAUGCAUGCAUAUAUUUUGGUGCAGUUUAUUCUUACAGCCAGGGAUGCCAAACACAAACAACCCAGUUCUGGGAGUUUGCACACGGUCCUUUUUAUUCAAAACCAAUUAAAUGAAAAGUGUUCCAUUGCUUUUCCUUAUCUAAUUUCUCUCCUCACCCACAUCAGGCCUUUUGUGUUCAUGGAUGUUUCAGAGUACCUUGAGGCAGCACUGAGUCCUUGAAGCUUUCCAAAGAUAAGCUUGAUGUUUUGCCCUAAAUGUCAAACUCCCAGCUGGCUCUCACAGCUGAGUGCUUUGCUAGAGCUAGGAAUUCCUUGUCAUCUUUCCAAGGCCUAGCCAUCUCACCCUUACCAUCAUAGUAUGGCCAGAUAGAAGCCCUAUUCUCCCCUAUAUAUUGUACAUUUGGUGAGCAGGCAGAGGAGCAGCAGGAUCACACCUGCAUGCUUUACCUUUGGCUGCUGAGGUGAGAAUAGGCUCUAUUUACUGAUUUCACAUUUGAUCAUAUGCAUUGGAAGCAGGUGGUAGAAGCAAUCCUCAUUUUCUUCCAUGUGUUUGCUCUGUGUGCAAUAUGCAGAAAAGCACUCUACAAUUCCCCUCACAUUAAGACUGACCAGGACAAAUCUGCUUGAUUGUGAAGUAGCAGAACUGCAUUGUGGCAUCCUGCAGAAAGUGUCAAGAUUAUGUUUACGGAUUAAGUAUAUGGAGAAAGGGAAUAGAUGGGUUCUCUUGGGUAUAAAAAUGCAAGCCUAAGGCUUUCCACACUUCCUCUGAUUUUGAAAUAGUUGUAUGUGUUUAUAGACUUUGCCUGCCUUAUGCACUUCCAUGCAGGCACACACGAUGGAAG